CUCAGCGGCUCCCGCACAAAGCACUGCAGCCGUCACCAGCCUCAGGCCCCUGCGGGUCUCUCUCUGCUGUGCCGCCGCCGCCCUGACCGAUCCCUUCGCCGGCGAAGAGCGCCUACCAGAUCCGUCCCAUUCAUCAACCAUGGGCGUCUUGGCGCGGCGGUUUCUGAAUCUGAUCGUUCCCGGCUGCACCCCUGGUGUUAAAUCUGUGCGUCGCAUCGACCUGGCGGGCCAGCAGCUGUUUUACCAUGACGAACCACCACCACCAUCCAACGGAGACGGAGACGGAUCUGAACCAUUAGCCCCAGCAGCAGGAGGGCAAGACACCAUCUCUCACCCCCUGGCUUCAAAGAUGGAGAUGCUUCGGCUUCCUCGUGCAAGCUUCAACUUCCGUGCUCUAAACAACGGAUGGAACCUGAACUGCUUCCCGUUCGCGGACUCCAAGGUCAUCUGCGGGGAUCAGUCGGGAUUCGGCUUCAUCUUCGACCUGGAUUCACGCAAGGUGGAAACCAUGCCCCCGCUCCUCAAGCUGCCGACGGUGAAUCCCGUCUCCGUCUUCGUUCACAAGCCCCACGUCGACGACGACGUCUGGAACGAUGGCGACGGUAGCAGCCUCUUCCUCAUGGAGAGGAUCCCCCAACCAGAGCCGAUCUCCCAUUUAGUGCGGGAGAGCGAGCAGUUCGUGGGCUUCAUCAACCAUUAUCCAAGUGGGCCCUGGGGCGGCAAAUGCUUCACCUGCCGCCUCCUUCCGCCGCCGCCUUUUGUACGAGAGACAUGUAGCUGGUACAACAACACCCCCAAGAUCACAGCCUAUGGUGUCAUCGGUGGCGGAUCACAUGUUUGCAUAUCCGUUCAGGGUGUUGGCACCUAUUGCCUGGACACAGCAAACCACACGUGGAGCCAAGUUGGAAAAUGGACACUGCCCUUCCAUGGCAAGGUUGAGUACGUGCCUGAGCUCAAGCUCUGGUUUGGCCUCUCCGGCGAUUCCCAGCACUUGGCUGCUGCUGACCUCUCUGACAUGGAUUCCCAGCCACAGCUAGUGGGCGGGCCUUGGAAGGAGCUUGAUCCACCAGAUGAAUGGAAGGAAUGCAAAGAUCCUCAGUUUGUCAGCCUGGGUUCUGGCAGGUUCUGCAUUGCAAGGUUCUUCCAAGAAGCUGCAGGCUCUGCUGGUGAUGAAGUGAUCCAUGAAAAUGCUGCUGUCUUUACUGGUGUUGAGGUCAAUAGCAGUGGCAAAUGUGGCACAGGGAAAGAAGUCCAAAUGACCCCUCACAGAUCCAGAGGUGCCUACAACACUAGCAUCGAGGCAUUGUUCUGACUAGUUUCAGGGCUUUGCACUUGGACUCACUGUUUUAUCCAUUAUCUAUCUUCUGUGGAAAUUGGGGACUUGGAGUGUAGGAGGCAAUUUAAUUUUCAUCAUGGAACUUCAACAUUGAAGCCUACCAGUGUUGGUACUUUUAUUACUGUAUUGUCUCCUGAAGUGCAGUGAUGCUACAUAUUACUCCUUUAUUAAACUA